CAAGCCACUUGCACCCAUUCUCGACCACCACCUUGCCUCUGUCUGCAUUCGUUCCCAAUCUCCCAUAAAACCUCUCUCUCUUAAUUUAGGGUUUGUGUUUCUCUCUCCCCCUCCCCCGGUCUCGAAUAUCACAUUUUCCCCUCUCUCGCUUCAAUUUCUAUCAAAAUGGCCGGAAGUGGUGUCGUCACAGUCUACGGCAACGGCGCAAUCACCGAAACCACCAAGAAAUCUCCCUUCUCCGUCAAGGUCGGCCUUGCACAGAUGCUCCGCGGCGGCGUUAUCAUGGACGUCGUCAACGCCGAACAGGCCCGCAUCGCCGAGGAGGCCGGAGCUUGCGCCGUCAUGGCCCUCGAGCGCGUCCCCGCCGACAUCCGCGCCCAGGGCGGCGUCGCCCGCAUGAGCGACCCCCAACUCAUCAAAGAGAUCAAACAGGCCGUGACCAUCCCAGUCAUGGCCAAGGCUCGGAUCGGCCACUUCGUCGAGGCCCAAAUUCUAGAAGCGAUUGGAAUCGACUACGUCGACGAGAGCGAAGUCCUCACUCUUGCCGACGACGAGAACCACAUCAACAAACACAACUUCCGAAUCCCCUUCGUCUGCGGAUGCCGGAACCUCGGCGAGGCCCUUCGCCGGAUCCGAGAGGGGGCGGCGAUGAUUCGGACCAAGGGAGAAGCCGGUACCGGAAACAUCAUCGAGGCCGUUCGUCACGUGAGGUCUGUGAUGGGCGACAUUAGGGUUCUUCGCAAUAUGGACGAUGACGAGGUCUUCACUUUCGCCAAGAAAAUUGCGGCUCCGUAUGACCUGGUGAUGCAGACGAAGCAGCUGGGGAGGCUCCCGGUGGUCCACUUCGCCGCCGGCGGUGUCGCGACGCCGGCUGAUGCAGCGCUGAUGAUGCAAUUGGGAUGCGAUGGGGUGUUUGUCGGGUCGGGUGUGUUCAAAAGCGGUGACCCGGCGAGGCGUGCUCGGGCAAUUGUUCAGGCCGUGACCCAUUACAGUGACCCGGAUAUUCUUGCUGAGGUGAGCUGUGGCUUGGGUGAGGCUAUGGUGGGAAUUAAUCUCAAUGAUGAGAAGGUUGAGAGGUAUGCAAGUCGGUCGGAGUAAUAAUGGAGGCCAAAGGGUUUGCUUUCUGAUGCUUCUAGUUCUAGGUGAGGCCCUUAGGCGUCUCUUUUUCCAAUAUAUAUUCGCUCUUAUUAUAAUUUUGUUUUAUUAGUUUUCUUUUUAGCUUCUGAAUGCUUCUAAUUUGAAGUUUGUGGAACUGCUUUGUCUAUCUGUUAAAAACUUCCCAAAGGUUAUCAAAUAUGUUUCAUUUCCUAUAUAAA